AUGUACGAAAUGUCGUCAACAAACACCGGGCAACGGGCGUUUGCUCAAAAGCUGUCACGUUACCAAGCCGCAGAUGUUCGACGUCGAAUAGCAGCCACUGCAAGUUUUGCAUCUGGCGAAAAAUCCGAUCCCUUCAACCGCAUUUCAUCGCGUCCUGUAUCUGGACUUCUGACGGGAAUUUCUGCUUCUCAAAAUGCGAAUAGAGAGACGUCUCUCGAUCCUCCGGACUACGAAGAAUUGUUGGAACAAAACUUUGACGUCUUGAUAGGGGAUCCGCUUUGUGAUGUUCUUAAAUUUCCGGAUGACGAUGUGGAAGUCGUUUGUGUUCCAAGGCGUUGCCGAACCGUUGUACCACUACUGCCCGAAUUGGAUCCUCAAGUUUGGUUAGCCAACCCAAGAUUGAACGAUUGUGUUCGUUCAUACACUCGUGAUUGGGUCGCCGUUCAUAGGAGGUACCAACAGCAUAGUAGCAGCCUGGUGUCUCCACGUCAAUCUUAUGAAAGGAUGACUGUUCUCAAUCCCCCAAAACGUCAGGAAUACGAAAUAGAUCUUAUUCAAACAUCCGGAUUUGAUGAAGACGAAGAUGACGAUCGUGGUUGUCAGAACAGUACAUCUACCAGCAAUUCUUGUCGAAGCUCUAUUCAAGUUGACGAAGAAACUCCUCGUGGAAGCUGGGCAUCGUCGAUAUUUGACUUGCGAAACUCUGUGGCAGACCCUUUGAUCACUGGUAUUCUUGAUUCCACGCUAGUCCCAAAAAAUAGCUCAAUUUUGGAUUCUCCGAAACAACACGGGAGGCACGAGAUGUUAUUUUCUUUGUAUCCACCUCCUGCUUUGGAAGAGCCUUUGGAGAAACGACUUCCUGCUGACAUUCCGUCCGAGCAUACUGGUCACAAAAUCCUUGUAAAAAUUCAUCACUUGAAAUUGGAUUUAGAGGUUGAGCCAAUUUUUGCGUCAAUGGCAUUGUACGAUGUGAAGGAGCGAAAGAAAAUAUCGGAGAACUUUUAUUUCGACCUGAAUUCGGAUGUAUUGAAGCUACUACUGGGUCCCCAUCUGAAGGCACAAGACGCUUCCACAUUCGCAAAAAGCUGCGUUUUUGACUUGUCCUGCCCAUCACCCGACAUCUAUCUGAUCAUUAGACUGGAAAAAGUGCUUCAAGGAGAUAUUAAUGAGUGUGUUGAGCCUUAUAUGAAGGAUGAUAAAAAUCGCGAGAAAGUGAAAGCCAACGCUGUUGCUGCAUGCGAGCGUCUGGGUCGAUAUAGGAUGCCUUUUGCUUGGACGUACAUCAGCCUCAUGCACGUGAUAAAUCCGAACACAGCGGCAUCAUCAUCCCAGUCAUCUGGAGGAACACUGGACUCGCGUGACUCCGGCUCUGACAAAAGCAGUGCGAAUAGUAGUCUGGAAAGGAAGACAAGUGCAAGUCAGAAAGACUAUCCUGCUCCUGAUGUUCCGCAGAAACCCCGUAAGAUCGGUUCAUGUGGUGGGCUUCUUGAUGAAACAGGAUCCAAUUACACAAAAAAGAAUACUCUGGAACGAUCAGCAUCUACACGUCAAAGUGGAACUUUGAGUUCUGUUGGUGGUCUCAGUACAACUUCAAUGUCAACCACUGGUACUGUUGAAAAACGGACCGUCUGGACUUCUGACGAUGUUGCGUUAGCCCUUGACUCCUUCCGUGCGGUUACGCUAACGAUGACCAGCUUUUUCAAACAAGAACCGGACAAAAUGCGUGAAGAGGAUUUGUACAAGAUUCUGCAUGAUUACCGCAGACACGCCGCCCAUAAACGACUCAAGUCAAUUCCUGGUUCGCUGAAAAUGGAAUUUAGCCCUUGUCCUCAUGAAUUGCCGCAUAUGGUAACACCAGAAUUGGCAAAGUUGAAGCCUUAUCCCGAUCCACACGCAAUCCCGACAAAAGAAGUCCUUGAAUUCCGUCCGCGUGAUCUCUACGCGCCAAACUACUCCUAUAGAAAUAUUCUGUUCAUUUACCCACGAGAAGUAAAUCUCACGAAUCGGCCUGGAGGAUCAGCGAGGAAUAUUGCUUGCCAAGUUGAAUAUAGGGUUGGUGAAACUGAGGACUCUGCCUUAUCCGUGAUUUUUGGCAAAAGCAGCUCUCCGGAGCUUGAAAAACAGGCUCGAACUUCUGUGACGUACCACAACAGAUCACCUUGUUUUUAUGAUGAAUUCAAAAUCAAAGUCCCGGCGAAGCUUGAUGAUAAACAUCAUCUCUUUUUCACCUUCUAUCACGUGAGCUGUCAGAAGAAAGAAGCUCAGAAUCAGGUUGAGACCCCUGUUGGUUAUACCUGGUUGCCGUUGAUACGGGACGGAGGUUUGGUUUCUGGAGAAAUAAAUCUUCCAGUGAUGAUUGACCAGCCCCCAAAGGAUUACUCAAUCGUUGGCCCAGAAGUUCAAGUACCACAUUAUAAAUGGGUUGACAACCACAAGAACGUUUUCACGAUCAACGUACGUCCUGUAACAACGGUGCACUCAUUGGAUCGUCAUAUUGAUAGAUUUCUGAAUCUCUGCUCUGAAAUCGAACGUGGCGAACCUUUACCACGAUACUUGCAUGGAGAGGGAAAUGCUGAGCGGGAGCUGAAAACAAGUAUCGAAGAACUUCGUCUUUCUGCGUUGGAUGCGCUUGUUAGCUUUCUACCGAUAGUGUUGGACAAGCUUUUAUUGAAUAUCGUGAGACCCCCGAGAAUAGGAACGCAGGAAUUGAAACUCAGUCAGCCGUGCUUUGAAGCUAUGGGCGUCAUUGCGCAGAGAGUUUCGAUGAAUUUGGAGGGACAGAGUGACCACCUCGGAAGGAAUCAGUUACUGUCUACGUAUGUGAGUUAUGAGGCAACGUUGCCUCAUCCAGGGACAGCCCCACUCCAGACUUAUUCGCCGACCCGGGGCCCAAAUUUCCGGACGUGGGAAAACCCAGGAGCCGUUGUAGCUGGACUGGAGCAUAGAACUGCCGGUGUUUACCGCCAAACGUCUAGUUUUGAUUCAAGUGUUGUGCAGGAUGAGCCUGGCACGCAGUCUGUGAGGAAAUUGGUUCACGAAGAGAUAGCUUUGCAGUGGGUGGUCAGCAGUGGCACUGCGCGAGACCUCGCUUUGACAAACUCGUGGUUUUUCCUGGAGCUCAUGGUGAAGUCGAUGACGGAACACUUGAGGACGUGCGGAGGUCUUACAGGAGUUUCGAGGAAGAAUCGAUUUCCCGAACAGUUCACUGAUGACGUCACAAAUCUCGUAACGAGCCUCACUUCUGAUGUGAUCGCUAAGUUCAACCGCGAUGGAAGAGAUUUAAAGGCUGUGUCCCGGCUCAACUCCAGUUUGGCUUUCUUUAUCCAAGAUUUGUUAUCGAUCAUGGAUAGAGGUUACGUUUUUGGAUUGAUCCGAGAUUACUGCAAACGCUUGGAUACGAAAAUCAGUUCUCUUCCUGAUGCUGGUUACCUGCUUACUUACAAGCUGGAUUUUCUUCGCAUUGUGUGCAGUCAUGAACACGUUAUCGCACUGAACUUGCCGUUUGGCACCCCGCUUUGUCCGCCUAAUUUGCAUUGUGGAAGAGGAUCUGCCUCGUCGCCGACCCCGUCUGUGUCGUCGCAAUCCUCUUGGGUUUCUACCAUCGUUGGUGGCACAGGAAACAAAUGGAUCUACGCGGAUUUGUCGCCUGAAUACAAGCAACAUCACUUUCUGGCUGGGUUGAUCCUAAGUAAUCUGCAAGUUGCGUUGGAAAGUGCGCACAGCCCAGCUGUCCAUUCAAGGGCAGUGGAAACUUUGAGAAAUUUGCUGUGGUGUCAUGACGUGGAUACUAGGUUCACGAACGAGAAAGUCGCAAACUACGAAGGUAUUCGUUGUUCAACGAAAUCGCGUGUGGCUUGCCUGUACCUGCCCCUUCUUGGGAUUGUCUUGGACGCGAUUGCCCAGCUGCAUCGUCCCAGCAACGAAGGAACUAAAUUUUGCCGGGCUUUCACCAGAAAUAAAGUGAACCGUGGUUCGAUGCAUGCAAAUCGAUCUGUGGCAAUCGGAUCCCCGGAUGAUGGAGACUCGGACAGGAGUGAUGCCCUGUCGCGGCUGGACGGCGUUGGACAGCGAUCUCCAUUGUCAGUGGAAAGCACGAAGCAUUUGUUGGUCUGCUUGCUGUGGGUUUUGAAAAAUGUGGAGUCGAGUUUACUAAGAGCGUGGUGGUGUGAGAUGCCUGUGGGGAGGCUGAAGGAGUUGCUUGAUGUUUUACAUAUAGCUGUCUCCUGCUUCGAAUAUUGUGGAAGAAGAGCCUUGAAGCAAGCACAAGCCAGUUUCAGGAAACCGCACGGGGGUGGUGAUAUGAAAUCCCGUUUAGAAGAAAUGAUCCUCGGUGGACAUGGGUCUGCAAGAUUAGAGCUUAUUCGCAGGAAGAAUACACAAGCUUCUCCAGGGUUGGACACUCGUGAUUCAGGGGCGGUUUCUCUUCCCAGUGUUCCUUCUGGAAGCAGUAGUCCAAUGCCCAGCUUGCGUUGGCAUAAAGAUCAGUGGAGAACCCCUUUGGCGUCAACUACCGGUUCUGAAGCAUCGACCGUGGUCGCAUCCGCUCAACAGUCUCCGAGUGGCUCGGAUUCCGACGCUGCUGUUCUGGGCAAUCUUUCAGCAGAGUGCAUGCUCGUUAUUUUGGACACGUUGGAAAUCGUGGCGCAAGUGGCGACGAGUCACUCUGCGGAAUCUUCUGCUCAAGCUCUGCUGGGUGAAGUGUUGAAAGUGUUGCUGCACGCGUUGUCGAGAAAUCAGGCUACAUCGGUUCUGUGCGCAUUAUUCGGAUUUCAGCGGAAUUUAUUGGUCAAGUUCCCGAACUUGAUUUUCGAAGAGGAUAGUGAAUUUUGCGCUGACCUAUGUCUUCAGCUGCUGAGUCAUUGCGGCUCUGGUAUUUCGACUGUGAGAGCUCAGGCAGCUGCAUCCUUGUAUGCUCUCAUGCGGCAAAAUUUUGAAAUCGGCAACAACUUCGCAAGAGUCAAGAUGCAGGUCACCAUGAGUCUGAGCUCGCUGGUGGGAACGUCAACCGCAUUCAAUGAGGAUUUCUUGAGGCGUUCAUUGAAGACAAUUUUAACCUACGCUGAAGAGGACACGGAAUCACAUGAAGAUUACUCAAGUUUUCCCGAGCAAGUGCGGGAUUUGGUGUUUAACUUGCACAUGAUUCUUUCUGACACAGUCAAGAUGAAAGAAUAUCAGCAAGACCCAGAAAUGCUUCUAGAUUUGAUGUACCGAAUUGCCAAAGGAUAUCAAAACUCCCCGGAUCUGCGCCUAACGUGGCUUGCAAAUAUGGCCCAAAAUCAUUCGAAACAAGGAAAUCAUGCCGAAGCUGCCAUGUGUCUCGUGCAUAGCGCCGCAUUAGUUUCGGAAUAUCUUCUCAUGAUUGAGGACAAAUUGUAUAUGCCACGCGGUGCCGUGGCAUUUGAGUCGGUCUCUCCCAAUGUUUCAGAGGAAAGUGCUGUUUCUGAUGACGUCGUUUCACCCGAUGACCAAGGUGGCACAGGAGCGAGUGGCGGAGGAAUUGGUGGGGGAUCGUGCUCUGGAAAAUAUUUCACAGAAGCUGGUUUAUGUGGCCUGAUUGAACAAGCUGCGAACUCGUUCAACGCUGCGGGAAUGUAUGAAUCCAUCGACCGCGUGUACAAAGUUCUUUUGCCGAUUGUGGAAUCGAGCCAUGAUUACAAAAAGCUUUCGAAUAUUCACGGGAAACUGCGCGAGGCCUACGAACGAAUCGACCAGCUACACGGAAAGCGUGUGUUCGGAACUUAUUUCCGAGUCGGGUUUUACGGAGCUGCGUUCGGUGACCUGGAUGGGGAAGAAUUUGUGUACAAAGAACCUCCGCUUACGAAGCUUUCUGAAAUCUCGGAUCGUUUGGAAACUUUUUAUGCGGAGCGAUUCGGAACCGAAAAAGUUGUCAUUGUGAAAGACUCUAACCCAGUUAAUCCGAAGAAACUUAUUCCGGACAAAGCGUACAUACAAAUCACGUAUGUGGAGCCCUACUUCGAAAGCUACGAAGAACGACGACGUCUGACUAGUUUUCAUUUGAACGACUGUUUGAAAAAUUUCAUUUUUUCGACACCAUUCACGAGAGACCCAAAUCGACCUCAUGGUGAACUCCACGAGCAGCACAAACGAAAAACAAUUGUGACAACCCAAAGUCACUUUCCGUACGUGAAGACGAGAAUUCCUGUGAUUGCGAAAAGGAGCGUGACGUUGUCACCGGCUGAAGUGGCAAUCGAGGAUAUACAGAAGAAAUGCACUGAGCUCGCAGCAGCGACUAAUCAAAAUCCACCUGAUCCGAAGAUUCUCCAAAUGGUAUUGCAAGGCUGUAUCGGGACAACCGUGAAUCAAGGACCUCUAGAAGUCGCUCACGUGUUCCUUUCUGACCUCAAGGACGGCGUGAAAACUCCGACCAAACUCCAGAACAAACUAAGGCUCUGUUUCAAAGACUUCUCUCGGAAAUGUUCUGAUGCCUUGAAUAAGAACAAAAAUUUGAUUGGACCCGACCAGCGGGAUUAUCAGCGUGAGUUGGAGAAUAAUUACAAGAAUUUCGUGAGCCAGUUAGCGCCAAUGAUUACGAUAAGUCGACCCGGAGGUGGAAUUAGUGAGCCCGAUGCCAACCAGAGAUUGUGGAAGCAUAUUUCUGCCCUUCCCGGGAAAGAGAUGGAUGGCUUCCAUGCAAUUCGUUCCAGUCCUGUCGUUUAAUGACUUGACGCUCGAAUCUUUCCUCACCGGUGUUGAAAAGAAAUCAAGGACGUAUGUGAUUCUUUCUUUUGAUUUUUAAGUUUAUAUACUAUUUUGCUUUUUCAAAUUUUUCUCCGCAUACGAAAGAAUUUCAAAUCGACGAUGUUUCUUUGGGUUAUUUUGUUAGCGUUAAAGCGGCUUUAACACCCCGUGAGGUUGUAGUUAGUACUUGACAGCCGAUUGAAUGACACCAGUAAUAUUUGUGUGAGGACAAUCAGCACUGCCUCGUUUUUACGAAUUUAAAUUCUGCGUUUGACUUCUGAAAUUACGCCUGCUUUGUUACAUGCAGUUAGUCUUGAAGAUUAGGAUUACUGUUUUUCUCGUUCAUGUUUCCAUGGAAUGACAUCGUGCGAAACGUCGGUGAGAUGAUGCGGUUGAAGAAAUUUUCCUAGGAAUCUUGAGUAAAAGACGUUAAAAUAUUGUACAAAGCCUUCUUGCUGCGAAGAACUGUUCUUUGAUCUCUUUGUUUAGUAGCGUGGAAGGACUGCGAAGUGCCUGGCGGUGUGAGAAUCAAUGGUUGUUGAUUGCUUUGAAUUUUCCAAUGUUUUGAGAACUUGCGUCCCACCUACUUGCAUUUUUGCCCGUGAUUUUCAUCAUUAACGUGUCUUCAUGCGAAUCACAUCGUGAUAUUUGUUUUGUUUUUUCUCCGAUCAGUGAGAGGCUGUCAGAUUUCAGGAGAUCGCCCAUUUUGAAUUCGCUUUGCAUUUGUGAAUGUGUUGUGUUUUGUGAUGGUGACGAUGAGCGAUAACGAUGAUGGUAUCCAAAAUGUUCGACUAGCAAUGCGUUCUGCGUUUUCCCCGAGAGGUUCUAGUCGAAGCAGCUUCUUGUUUCUCGGGUAUAAAAGAUUCGUCUGCGCCUGUUUUUGAAACACCGGUUGUUUUCUUACGAAGACCAGGAAAUUCGUGGAAUAACCAA